AUGGUUAUGAAACCUGAAACUGAGCAAGAGUUAGCUCAUAUCUUGCUAACUGAAUUGUUAGCUUAUCAAUUCGCCUCUCCUGUGAGAUGGAUUGAGACUCAAGAUGUCUUCUUGAAGGAUCUGAACUCUGAACGUGUUGUUGAAAUUGGUCCAUCACCAACUCUAUCUGGUAUGGCUCAAAGAACUAUGAAGAACAAAUAUGAGUCCUAUGAUGCCGCCUUGUCAUUACAUAGACAAGUUUUAUGUUAUGCAAAGGACGCAAGGGAAAUUAGUUAUACCCCAGAUCCAGCUGAAUUAGAGGCCAAGGAAAGAGCUGUUGCUGAAGCUGCUGGUGGCGAAGCUGCUCCUGCUCCUGCUGCUACUCCUGCUCCUUCUGCUGCUCCAUCUGCCGCUCCUGCUGCCGCUCCUGCUGCCGCCGCUCCUGCUGCUGCUCCUGCUGCUCCUGCUGCUGGUCCAGUGGCAGAAUUGCCAGAUGAAGCCGUUAAGGCAGGUCUAUUGUUACGUGUCUUGGUGGCUCAUAAAUUGAAGAAACCAAUGGAUUCUAUCCCCAUGUCAAAGACCAUUAAAGAUUUGGUUGGUGGUAAAUCUACUGUUCAAAACGAAAUUUUGGGUGAUUUGGGUAAAGAAUUCAGCGCUACACCUGAAAAAGCUGAGGAAACACCAUUGGAAGAAUUGGCUGAAACUUUCCAAGAAACUUUCUCUGGUAGCUUGGGUAAACAAUCAUCAUCCUUGAUUUCAAGACUUAUUUCAUCAAAGAUGCCUGGUGGAUUUACCACUACUGUGGCAAGAAAGUAUUUGCAAACUCGUUGGGGUUUGGCUAGUGGUAGACAAGACUCUGUUUUGUUAGUCGCUUUGACCAAUGAGCCUGCAUCUCGUCUUGGUGCUGAACCUGAUGCAAAGGCAUUCUUAGACUCUAUGGCUCAAAAAUACGCUUCCAUUGCAGGUGUAGACUUGUCUGCUGCUUCAGCUGGUGGUAGCUCCGGUGCUGCCGGUGGUGCUGCCGGUGCCGGUGGUGCUACUAUCGAUGCUGCCGCUUUUGAAGAAUUGAACAAAGAUCAAAGAAUCUUGGCUCGUCAACAAUUGCAGGUGUUGGCUCGUUACUUGAAGAUGGAUCUAAAUGUUGGUGAGAGAAAAUUCUUGAAAGAAAAGGAUACCAUUGCAGACUUGCAAGCCCAAUUGGAUUUCAUUACUAAUGAGUUGGGUGAAUAUUUCAUCAGCGGUAUUUCAACUUCAUUCUCUAGAAAGAAGGCUAGAGCUUUUGACUCCUCUUGGAAUUGGGCUAAGCAAUCCUUAUUAUCUCUAUACUUUGAAAUUGUUCACGGUGUUUUGAAAAAUGUCGAUAGAGAAGUUGUCAGUGAAGCUUUAAACAUCAUGAACAGAUCUAAUGAGACUUUGAUUAAGUUCAUGGAAUACCACGUCUCUCAUACGGAUGCUUCAAGAGGUGAAAACUACAAAUUGGUCAAAGACUUGGGAGAACAAUUGAUUCAAAACUGUAAGCAAGUGAUUGACAUGGAUCCUGUUUACAGAGACAUUUCUAAACCAACUGGUCCUAAGACUGUUAUCGAUAAGAACGGUAACAUCAGAUAUUCCGAAGAACCAAAGGAAAAGGUUAGAAAGUUCUCUGAAUACGUACAGGAAAUGGCUCUUGGUGGUAAAUUAUCCAAACAAUCUCAUUCCACCAUCGAAGAAGAUUUGACUCGUGUUUACAAGGCCAUUAGCGCUCAAGCUGCUGAGCACGAUAUUUCUGGUACUACUGCACAAGAAUUCGAGAAGGUUUAUGGUGACUUGAUGCAAUUCUUGCAAAACUCUAAGGAAAUUGAUGCUUCUCAAACCACCAGAUUGGCUGGUGUGGUUGAUGAUUCUCUUGAUAAAGAUUCUACCAAGGAAGUGGCUUCCUUGCCAACCAAAUCUAAGAUUUCUAAAAGUGUUUCUGCUUCAAUUCCAAGAGAAACUAUUCCUUUCCUACACUUAAGGAAGAAGGGUUCUAAUGGUGAAUGGCAAUAUGACCGUCAAUUAUCUUCCCUCUUUUUGGACGGUUUGGAAAAGGCUGCCAUCAAUGGUGUCACUUUUAAGGACAGUUAUGUUUUGAUUACCGGUGCUGGUAAGGGUUCCAUUGGUGCUGAAGUAUUGCAAGGUUUGUUACAAGGUGGUGCUAAGGUCAUUGUCACUACUUCUCGUUUCUCUAAACCUGUUACUGAUUUCUAUCAAGCGGUCUACGCUAAAUAUGGUGCUAAGAAUUCUACUUUGGUCGUGGUUCCAUUCAAUCAAGGUUCUAAACAAGAUGUGCAACAAUUAGUCGAGUACAUCUACGAUGAUGAGAAGAACGGCGGUUUAGGUUGGGAUUUGGAUGCUAUCAUUCCAUUUGCUGCCAUCCCAGAAAAUGGUAUUGAAUUAGAAAAUAUUGACUCUAAAUCCGAAUUCGCACACAGAAUUAUGAUGACGAACCUGAUGAGAAUCAUGGGUCAAGUUAAGAUUCAAAAAUCUGAAAGAGGCGUUGAAACUAGACCAGCUCAAGUUAUUUUGCCUAUGUCUCCUAACCAUGGUACUUUCGGUGGUGACGGUUUGUACUCUGAAUCUAAAUUGUCUCUAGAGACAUUGUUCAACAGAUGGCACUCUGAAUCCUGGGGUAACCAGAUGACAGUUUGUGGUGCCAUUAUCGGUUGGACAAGAGGUACCGGUCUAAUGAGUGCCAACAACAUCAUUGCUGAAGGUAUUGAAAAGGCUGGUGUUCGUACUUUCUCUCAAAAGGAAAUGGCUUUCAACUUGUUGGGUCUAUUGACUCCUGAAGUGGUUGAAUUGUGCCAAAAAUCACCAGUGAUGGCCGAUUUGAACGGUAGCUUGCAAUUCUUGCCAAGCUUGAAAGAAUUUACCAACAAAUUGCGUUCUGAUUUGAUUGAAACUUCUGAAAUCAGAAAGGCCGUCUCCAUUGAAACCGCCUUGGAACACAAGGUGGUUAACGGUGAUAAUGCCGAUGCUGCACAUGCCAAGGUGGAAGUUCAACCAAAGGCUAACAUUCAAUUGAACUUCCCAGCUUUGAAACCUUAUGAAGAGGUCAAGAAAUUCUCCACUCAGGAAUUGGAAGGUCUUUUAGAUUUGGAAAGAGUUAUCGUUGUUACCGGUUUCUCUGAAGUUAGUCCAUGGGGUUCAGCCAGAACCAGAUGGGAAAUGGAAGCAUAUGGUCAAUUCUCCUUGGAAGGUUGUGUUGAAAUGGCUUGGAUCAUGGGUUACAUUAAAUACCAUAACGGUAACUUGAAGGGCCGUCCAUACACCGGUUGGGUUGACGCUAAGACCAAUGAACCAGUGGACGAUAAGGAUAUCAAGUCCAAGUAUGAAUCCAAUAUUCUAGAACAUGCUGGUAUUAGAUUGAUUGAACCAGAAUUGUUUAGAGGUUACAACCCAGAAAAGAAGCAAAUGAUCCAAGAAGUUGUUGUUGAAGAAGACUUGGAACCAUUUGAGACUUCUAAGGAAACCGCUGAACAAUUCAAGUACGAACACGGUGACAAGGUCGACAUCUUUGAAAUCCCUGAAUCUGGUGAAUACACUGUUAAAAUUUUAAAGGGUGCUACUUUGUAUAUUCCAAAGGCCCUAAAAUUCGACCGUUUGGUCGCUGGUCAAAUCCCUACCGGUUGGGAUGCUAGAACUUACGGUGUGCCAGAAGAUAUCAUAUCUCAAGUGGACCCUAUUACUUUAUUCGUGUUGGUUUCUACCGUGGAGGCAUUUAUCUCCUCUGGUAUUACUGAUCCAUACGAAAUGUACAAGUAUGUGCACGUCUCUGAAGUUGGUAACUGUUCUGGUUCUGGUAUGGGUGGUGUCUCUGCUCUACGUGGUAUGUUCAAGGACCGUUACAAGGACCAACCUGUACAAAACGAUAUUUUGCAAGAAUCUUUCAUCAAUACCAUGUCGGCUUGGGUUAACAUGUUGUUGAUCUCUUCUUCCGGUCCUAUCAAGACUCCUGUCGGUGCAUGUGCUACCGCAGUGGAAUCUGUUGAUAUUGGUGUGGAAACCAUUUUGUCUGGUAAGGCUAAGAUCUGUGUUGUUGGUGGUUACGAUGACUUCCAAGAAGAAGGUUCUUACGAAUUUGGUAACAUGAAGGCUACUUCUGACACUUUGGAUGAAUUCGAACAUGGUCGUACCCCAAGUGAAAUGUCUAGACCUACAACCACUACCCGUAACGGUUUCAUGGAAGCCCAAGGUUGUGGUUUGCAAGUCAUCAUGAAUGCUGAUUUGGCUUUGAAGAUGGGUGUUCCUAUCUAUGGUAUUGUUGGUUUGACUGCUACUGCUACCGACAAGAUCGGUAGAUCUGUUCCUGCACCAGGUAAGGGUAUCUUGACUACUGCUAGAGAGCACCACGGUGAAUUGAAAUUCCCAAGCCCAUUGUUGAACAUCAAAUACAGAAAGCGCCAAUUGGUUAACCGCCAAAAGCAAAUCAAGGAAUGGGUCGAAAAUGAAUUGGAAUUGUUGGGUAUUGAAUCCGAAGGUGUUCCAACUGAAUUGAGACAAGUCUUCUAUGCUGAACGUACUGAGGAAAUCAAACGUGAAGCUUCUAAACAAUUGAAGAGUGCACAAGCACAAUGGGGUAACGAGUUCUACAAGAGUGACCCACGUAUUGCACCAAUCAGAGGUGCUUUGGCCACUUAUGGUCUAACCGUUGACGACUUGGGAGUUGCCUCUUUCCACGGUACUUCCACUAAGGCUAAUGAUAAGAACGAAUCUGCUACUAUCAAUGAAAUGAUGAAACACUUAGGUAGAUCUGAAGGUAACCCAGUGAUGGGUGUGUUCCAGAAAUACUUGACUGGUCAUCCAAAGGGUGCUGCCGGUGCUUGGAUGUUGAAUGGUGCCAUCCAGAUUUUGAACAGUGGUAUUGUCCCUGGUAACCGUAAUGCCGAUAACGUUGAUAAACUUUUGGAACAAUACGAAUACGUUUUGUACCCAUCUAUGUCUCUAAAGACCAACGGUAUUAAGGCUGUUUCUGUGACUUCUUUCGGUUUUGGUCAAAAGGGUGCUCAGGCUAUUGUCAUCCAUCCAGACUACUUGUAUGCCGCUAUUGACCAAGCUACAUACGAAGAUUACAAGUUAAAGGUUGUUUCUAGAGAAAAGGCUGCUUACAAGUUCUUCCACAAUGGUAUGAUCCACAACAAGUUGUUUGUCGGUAAAGACAAUCCUCCAUACGCUGACGAAUUGGAACAAUCUGUUUACUUGGAUCCAUUGGCAAGAGUCUCUGAAAACAAACAGAGUGGUUCAUUGGAAUACGAAGCUAGCGCUUUGCAACAGAAAGAUAGUUACAUCACUGCAAACAACAGAAAGACAGCUACAAUUGUUAGCCAAUUGACCCAACAAACUGCAGCUGGUUCUAAGCAAGGUAGCGGUGUUGGUGUUGACGUUGAAUUGAUCAGCAGUGUUAAUGCAGACAGCGAAACUUUUGUCGAACGUAAUUUCACCGAAAGCGAAAUUGCUUACUGUAAGGCUCAACCAAGUGCACAAAGUUCCUUUGCAGGUACUUGGUCAGCUAAGGAAGCUGUUUUCAAGUCUCUUGGUGUUAAAUCUCAAGGUGGUGGUGCAAGCUUGAGAGAUAUUGAAAUCGUCAGAGACAGCACCGGUGGUCCACAAGUGACUCUUCACGGUGAAGCCAAAAAGGCUGCUACUCAAGCCGGUGUCACUGGUGUUAAGGUCUCCAUCUCUCACGACGACUUCCAAUCCGUUGCCGUCGCUAUCUCUGAGAAGAACUAA